CAGAGUUUCCCAUAAUCCCACGCGGCACGUCCCUGCUGCGCAGGCGCAGAGGUAUCCCCGGGUUGCGCUGAGGUGGACUUUCUUCGUUCAAACUCAGUCACUGAACAUCUCGUCUGCACGACCUCAGAAACUACACACACGUUUGUAAACUUCACAAUGAUCCGGAUAGCUGCAUUUCUGACGUUGCUGGCGGCUUCCUGCUUGGGAGAAAGCUGCACAGAUCCAGUCAUCACCCCUUCGGCCUACACCACGUCUGACGCCGUGAUCUCCUCUGAAUCGGUGUUUAUCGUUGAGCUUGGUCUGACCUGUGCCAACGGCGCUCAGACUGUGACUCUGUAUGCUGAUGUCAAUGGAAGGCAGUUCCCUGUGACCAGAGGCCAGGAUGUUGGCAAAUACCAGGUUUCCUGGAGUCUUCCUCACAAACAGGCCAGCUCUGGAACAUAUCAGGUCAAGUUCUUUGAUGAAGAGUCCUACAGUGCCCUGCGCAAGGCCCAAAGAAACAAUGAAGAUGUAAAUGCCAUCCAGCCUCUAUUCUCCGUCAACAUUGACCACAGGGGUGCAUGGAACGGCCCUUGGGUGUCGACUGAAGUGGUCGCUGCCCUCAUUGGUAUCCUGAUCUACUAUUUGGCAUUCAGUGCCAAGAACACCAUCCAAGCGUAAAGUGAUCCACUUUUUAUGGACUGGAUUGAUAAAGACUGAAUGCUGGUGGAGCUCAACAUCUUACAACGUUGAAGGAAAACCAGUAUUAUAAUUUUUUUUGCCUCUUGACCAACUUUUUUGGAAAAAGAAGCAAAAAGUUGCAGUCUUAACAACUUUUUUAAGCGUUGUAUCCAGACUGUGUCUGUGUGCAAUCAGUCUUUUCAGUUUUCACACAAAUAAUAUCACAAAUGUCCCUGUUAGUGUCUUUUCUUCUUCUUUUUUUUUUUACAUUUUUGAUCAUUAAACUCGAGCAGAAGAAAUGUAGAAGACACACGGAGGUGACAGGAUGUCGGUCCUGCCUAAACCCUGUUUAUAAAUCCAGAGAAUGUUGACUCUUGAUGACCGUCAGGGACCUGAGGCCGGCCGGAAAAGGCUUCCUGUUUCACAGCUCUGCCAGAAAAAAAAGAAUAAAUGACUUGUUGGUUCAGCUCCUCUGUGAAA